CGACAACCUUGACGAAUCUCACAGCUCCAGCGGCAGGGAAACACACCCGUCAGCAUCGCGCACUGGAGACAAAAAAGCGCAUCACGGACAAAGGAAAUAUGGGUGCGCUGGAGAGGAUUCACCUCAGCCGGGUAACACAAUGGAUGAGCCGCUUCUGUUUCAUUUACCGGGAGACCAAUUAGCCCACCUUAAUGAGGUGCUGGGAUGCAAGAUACUGCAAGCUAAAAAGGCGGAAGGCUGCGUUUAAUCCGUCUGCGGAUCCUAUGAGCUUGCAAUGGCUGUGGCGGGGAUAUGCAACUGGAUAGGGAAUAAUGUGCCUUUUUAUUUUGUGAUAUUUUCCUUAUUUUGUGGCCUUUCAUUUGGACAGUUACAAUAUUCUAUUACGGAAGAACUAGAAAAUGGGGCACUGGUCGGCGAUCUGGCGCAUGACUUGGGGCUGGAUAUUCGAAAGCUCGCCACUCGAAAAAUUAAGGUAACGUCCGGCAGCACUAAGCGCUAUGUGAUUGUCAACCCCAAAAAUGGGAAAUUGCUUGUCAAUGAAAGGAUCGACAGGGAGGCACUGUGUGAUUUAUCCAGCACCUGCAUGAUUAAUCUGGAUGUGCUGGUCGAAAACCCCACUGAGGUGCACCAUGUCAAUGUGGAGAUUGUGGAUGCCAAUGAUAAUGCGCCGCAGUUCCCUAGAGACGAGUAUCAACUGGAAAUCACAGAAGCUGCUUUGCCAGGGUCUCGUUACCCAAUUGAAAACGCUCAAGAUCCAGACAUUGGGUCCAAUUCAGUUCGUAUAUAUCAACUUAGCACAAACGACCAUUUCGCGCUGGUAUCCAACAAACCCUCCCUAAAUACAAAGCACAUCGAGCUUGUGCUCAAAAAGCCCCUUGAUCGUGAGCAGACGCCUUACCACCAAUUAAUUCUAAGUGCUGUGGAUGGUGGGACGCCAGAGAAAACAGGCACGGCCAAAAUCAAUGUCCGGGUCCUGGACUCAAAUGACAAUGUUCCCAUGUUCGACAGCUCAGUGUACAAGGUGAAACUGUUGGAAAAUUCGCCCAAAGACACCCUGGUAAUUAAACUGAAUGCAACUGAUCCGGAUGAGGGCACAAAUGGAGAGGUUUAUUACUCUUUCAGCAGCUACACUCCAGAGAGAGUGAGGCAGAUGUUCAGCAUGGACACUAAUACAGGAGAAAUAAGAGUGAGGAGCAACGUUGACUAUGAAGAGACCAACUCCUAUGAGAUGUACAUCCAGGCAAUGGACAAGGGCCCUGGCGCCGUGGCCGCACACUGUAAGGUAGUGGUAGAGGUGGUGGAUGUGAAUGACAACGUCCCUCAGAUAGUGCUGUCAUCUCUGUCUAGCCCUGUUAGGGAGGAUGCCCGUGCAGACACCGUUGUGGCCCUCAUUAGCGUUACUGAUCGAGACUCUGGCGCUAACAAGCAGGUGAGUCUAGAGAUCCCAGCAGGCCUUCCUUUCAAGAUCAAGUCUUUCAGAAAUUAUUACACUCUGGUUACCUCAGCCUUCCUGGACCGCGAGACCACUGAUGCCUACAAUGUCACUCUGAGUGCCACAGAUGGAGGAAACCCUCCCCUUUCCUCCCAGAAGACCAUACAGGUGGAUGUGGCUGAUGUUAAUGACAACCCGCCGCGGUUUGAACAGACGUCUUAUACCGUCUAUGUGGCUGAGAACAAUGCCCCCGGAGCCUCUUUGUGCACUGUAAAAGCUCAAGACGCAGACAUCAAAGAGAACGCACGCAUCACCUACACAGUGCUCAAUGACAACAACCAUGGCAUCCCUGUCACCUCGUAUGUGUCUGUGAAGGCCGAUACAGGGGAGGCGUAUGCCCUGCGAGCCUUUGACUAUGAGUCACUGAGAGAGUUUCACUUCCAGGUCAAAGCCCAAGAUGGGGGCAUUCCACCACUGAGCCGCGUUGCCACUGUCUACAUCUACAUAAUGGAUCAGAAUGACCAUGCACCACUGAUAGUCAACCCUCCCGGCAAUGGCACACGCUCUUUGGAAACGGUACAAAAGAACGCAGAGCCCGGUGCCUUGGUGACCAAAGUGGUGGCAUACGAUGCAGACGCUGGUCCAAAUGCCUGGAUGGUGUACGUGCUGGAGACGGCCACUGACCUGGACUUGUUCAAGGUGCACGAACACACUGGUGAGAUCAGGACCACUCGAAGGAUCCUGGAGGACAACUCCACCUCCUUUACUCUAACCGUUGUAGUGAAGGACCACGGGCAGCCUACUCUUUCCUCCACCGCCACCAUCAACGUGGCUGUCAUGGAGGUGCCGCCCAAAGUGGUCCCUGACCCCAAGAGGAUCAUCCGGCCUCACAGCACACUGCUAUUCUCCAACGUCACCCUCUACUUGAUUGUGGCUUUGAGUGCCACCACUUUUGUUUUCCUGGUCACUGUGGUGGUGCUGGCCAUCGUCCGCUGUCACGCCUACUGCACCCAGCCUGGCUCCUGUUCCCCUUGCUGUGUGUCACAGAAGCCCCCUCCAGAUGGUGGGAGCAGCAGCGUAAGUGCUGGCGGGGGAGGCAGUGCUGCAGCCGGGGCACAACCUAAUAAUAAUGUGGUGCUUCGGAGAGACCUUAAAGUGGAGCCUCACUACAUCGAAGUGCGCGGGAAUGGCUCCCUAACAAAGACAUACUGCUACAAGACCUGCCUGACAGCCACCUCUGGCAGUGACACUUUCAUGUUCUACAACACAGGACGCCCCAUCAGUGGCACCUGGGGCAGCGGUGCUGACCGCUUCUUCACGAGUGGAAGUGGAUUUGUACGCAGACUGAGCAUGCCUGAUGCCUCGCUGCAGCUCUGCCCAGAGCCAAAAGCCCCGAAUGCUGACUGGCGAUAUUCUGCAUCUUUGAGGGCAGGGGUGCAGAGUUCGGUCCACAUGGAGGAAUCUUCUGUGAUGCAGGGAGCACAGGGAAUGCUGGUCCAGAACUGGCCCACUGUGUCCAGCGCUGCAGAUGGAGAGGGUGGUGGAGAGCUAUCACCCCCAGUGGGCGCUGGAGUCAACAGCAACAGCUGGCACUUCAGAUACGGUGCCGGACAAGGCUACGGCCCCCCUCAACCCCUGAAGCCCGGAGAGAUUCCUCCUGAAGCCUUCAUCAUCCCCGGAUCCCCAGCCAUCAUUUCUAUUCGCCAUGACGCUGGCCCUGUGGACGACAAAGGUGACUUCAUAAGCUUUGGCAAGAAGGAGGAGGCCAAGAAGAAGAAGAAGAAGAAGAAGGACAAGAAGGACAAGAAGGAGAAAGGAAAGGAUGAUGGGGAAGAAUAAAGCAGAAGGGGUGACUUGAAAACAGAGCUACCAACAAUUUACCAUCCAAAUUACAGAGCCAGAAAAAAAGCCAAAUGCAUAUUGUAGAACUGAGGGAGCCUGGUUGCACCAUAUUUGCAUAGACAUUGUACAGUGGCCAAACCCUCAUUAGACCAAGCCUGGCUCCCCACAUAAUGCAAACCUCAUUUGGCCCAUAACUUUGGCCUAUUAAAGUCUAAGGUUUAUGGUAAACAAAUGUUCUUAGUAGACAGACUUCAUCUAAAGGCUGGACCAAAUUAUAACAAAGGAUUUUAUUGGAUUAGAUUAGCCUUUCUGUGUUUGUAUACUAAAAACAAAAACACCUGAAAAGGUGUACUAUCUGUAUCUGACCAUUGUCAGCUGAGGCUGCCUGUGUUGGCAUCUCUGUCUUUAUGCAGCCCCCCUCCCUUUUUGGCUCACCUAGUUGGAGGUGAAGCAGAAGCCAAACUAAAAAAAUUAAACAGAGGCUUUUGUUUUCAGUAUUAUGGAGGCCUUGUAGAAAUUCAGAAAAUGUGGUCUUUUAUAUAAAAAAAUGAAAAAUGAAAAAGUAACAACAUACAGUAUAUGUACCAUGAGAUUAUCACCUUUACGAAAAUGAGGUGACUGAGACAAGCAGGACCACGCUCUAAUAAAUAGCUCUGUUUCAGUGUAACAUAGCACAUUGCAGAGGCUGAGGACCUGGACUGGGUUGCACCAACUAUGCGCAAGUUUGUUCCCAGAUUAGGGUGUAAAGUAAUGGCUUCAUAACUGCUAGUUAAUUUGCAAUUUGCAAGUUACUAAAUUUGAUUGUACCAUGAGUAGUAAGGGGGGGAAUUCUACAGCUGUAGCUUAUUAAAAUAUUAAGAUUUCAGAUGAGUAGCCAAUCAGUAAUAGCAUUACUUUGCUGAUGGGUACAAACCACAUGGAUUUGUAGUUGACUAGAUUGGCAUAAAAAUUACGAUUGGUAAAUAGAAUCCAUAUUUGACUUAAAGGACAGUACUAGUUUUGGCAUGUUGUAGGCUAUUUUACAUAUAUCUUGUAUACUUUACGUCAAGAGACCAUUGUGGGUUUUUUCCCACCUUUCAGGCAGCCAUUGUUUUUACACAAAAAUUGAUUAGCUUACACUUUUUCGGAUUUAGAAAUUCAUCAAAGCGGAGUUCAGCGUCCGUUUAAUUGUUGUAUAAGUUGCGGUUUCAUUACAUGGUAAUGAAGCUGAAGUGCACAUUGGGAAACUGCACUGCAUUGGCACAAUAACUUAAUAUUGGUGAAACUAAACACAGGCAUGAUGGAUUACGUAUGUCAAGCAAUUCUCACCAUGUUGAGUUUUCACGUUGGAAUUGGAAUUGAAUGGGAACCGGAUUCAGCCUGAAAAAGAAAAUAUAUAAAAUCUACAGGAAAAUUGUAAUCAAUAUUUUCCAAUUUGUAGAAAAUGGGGGAAAACAUCCAAAAUUGUUAAGUCCUUUAAGUUGCAAAAUGGCAUGAAUUUACUAAAUAAGAAAAAAAAAAAACACUGUGCAAAAAAUGAAAAAAAAAUCCUGCUUUAUUGUUAGUGAGUGCAAUUGUGUGACUUCGUAUCAUUUGCACCUGCUUUACUGCUUGCUUAACUAUUUAGUUGUUACUUAACAGAUUUUUGUGGUGCUACCGCUUGUGUUUUAGCAAAGCGUGAAUCGGGAUAAUUGGCUACUUCUGAUAACUAAGUAACUAGGGAACCUAUGUGCAGCUGACGCAACCGGCCCCUGAUCUUGCCUCUUCUCUUGGAAUACGGCAUAGGUCAAUGGGGUCUAAAUCCCACUGUGUAUCAGCACGAGCCUGAUGCACACAUUAUUGUACACAGACACUGACUCUCUAUGCCUCUUACUCACACAUACACCUAAGAAAGUACACAUGCUCUCUCUUCCUCUCUUAUACACACAGACAUACAGUAUAUACAAAUACACAUCAUACAAAAAUAUACUAUAAGAAUACACACCCCUUUCAGAAAACUCCAAGACUGAAGGCCAGUGCCAUCCUUAAUAUGUGAGUGUAUUAUAUGGCUGGGACGCAGGAACGUUGCUUGUUGCUUCAUUUCUGUUCAAGCCUGAUCCCUCUACUUCUGUCUUUGAAUGUUAAGUAGAUGUUCUUCAAGCCCUGCACCACUGCCUCGACUGUUUCAGUGCUUGUAGGAUUUGCUUGCUUCCGCUGCCUGUUUCCUCCCUCUACUCCCGUUUCUUCAAAUCAGCGUGGUUGGAUGACAUCUUUCAAGUCACCCUCCUUCAAUGAACUGUGCUGUCGUAACACAGUGACAUUUGUGUAUUUGCAUAUUUACACACGGAAUACACACAUAGUCACAUGCACAUUAUACUGCACAUACCACACAAACACACACACACACACAUCUUUUGUUAGGUUCAACUUCAACCUAGCUCAUGCACUUCAGCCAGAGUGUCUCUCCUGAUUGCUCAUUGUUGACAGCUCUGUCAUCUCGCAUAUUGGUUCUACGCAUUGCGUUAUAAGAACAUCUGACAGGUUAGCAAAAACUGAGAUUAAACUGUACUGGCUAUAAUGAGACAAGAUGGAGAGGCAAAAGAAGAAGAAAUAGAAAAUUGUAGUGUAUUGUGUAGCUCCAACAUAGAAGAAACUACAGCAGAGAUGAGCAAGGCAUUCCGCUUUUGCAGUUAUUCCUUUGUGUCAGCUAUUAGUGACAAUUGAUGAACUUGGGUCGAGUAAAACCACUUAAAAAUAAGUGUAGCGCGGUUCAGCAGCAGUGGACAGAGGUUGCCAGUUGACUUGGAAGGGGGAAACCCACUUAGGGAUUAAUGGAGGUGAAGCACACUGCUGACAUUUUCUAUUGUGCACCCAUCAUGAUGGAACAAGGGAAGACGAUACCAGCAAGCAAAGAUCAAUACAAGUCACAAGAGUGAUGCUGUUGCAGUGGGUCAAGUCUGAACUGCGUGAAAUGAUCAGCUUCAUUACAGACAUUCUAGCAGGUCUAGCAGGGUAGAGAAAGAGUACUGGGAGCAGUAGAUAUUAGAACAGCAUCAACAUGAUGAAAGCCUCGCCUCAUUGUUCCUUUUUUUAUACCAUUAUCUUACCAGUCACAGUAGGGGUAUAUAGGUGCUACUAUCAGGCUCAAUCCCUCCCAUGCACACGAUUCCUUCCCCUGCCCCGUCCUUAAGGUGUACUUCUGUGCUGUCAGAUCACCAAGUGGCUGUUUGCAUGUUAUAAGCAAAGGAAACAGAUACUAUAGAUACUAUAUAUAUAUAUAAAGAUAUAUAUAUAGAAAUGUUUUUCCACUGGGAAAUGCGUAUUGGAAUACAUGUACUUCUGAUACAUAUUCUCAAAGACAAUACACACACACUGACAGACCCUCGCUAAUCCACACACACACGUACAUAUACACUAUUGCGAACAGUAAUUUGUGGAAAAACCUAAAAGAAUCACAUUUUUUAUCCUGUUGAAAAUGAAUUUAAUCUUCUAGAUAUACAUAAUGCUAUUGUGUUAUGCUAUGAAAUGCUUUUAUUUUCUGGUUUUACCCUCAUGAUUUCCAUAGAUAAGAAAAUCAAUCCUUAAAGUUGUGUUGAUCUUUGAAAUGAUGAUCAAACAAACACUAUUGUGGAAUCAAAUCAUUUACUCACCCUCCAUAUGUAUCCCUUGCCCGGUAGAGAAAUAAAGAAAAAGGAUAAAAAAAAAUCUAAAUACAUAAAAUGGUAUUAAAAAAAAUAAAGUUGAUGUAUUCUCUGCUUGUGUAUAGUGAAUGUUCUUCAGUCACUGGGUGUGGCAGUGAGUGGCACAUACCAGUAGACUGUGACAGUGCAGAUCUGUUAAUAACUUUUUUUGUACACCUGCUUAUCAUUGUAAAGGUGAUAAUAGUGAUUCUUAUGAUUUAAUCGACCUGGUAUGUGUUUUGUUAAUAAGUCACAAAUAAAGUUUUUCUUAAAUAUC